UAAAUCCUUUCAACGUGAAUCACCCACGUGACUUUUUUGUGAAACUUCCUGUUCGCCGUCACCAUAGAGACACGAGCGAGGAAGACGAUGACUGGAUGAAGCGUUGGCCAAUCAGCGAGAAGAAAGAUGCUUGGAGGCGGGAACUUGUCCCUCACUGCAACGCGAGCGAGCAGAUCCUGUGACCGGUUUCGUUGCGGCUUUGGUUUUGAAAAUUGUGGGUGCCCUGAAUCGGUGAAUUACGUGUGGACCAUGCCUAUACAAUCCUUCUCCUUUCCUUUGCCUGAGACCAGGUUCUUCCAGGCUGGACAACAUGUCUACAAGUUCAAGAUCAGGGGAGGCAAUAACUGCAGUGAAGUGAAGGUGAUGGGAGAAGAGUUUGUCAAUCGGGAGUUGGAGAAUACCAUCAGAGCGGUGCUAGCCAACCUGGACUGUCUCCAGCCGUUCACUACCCCACACUUCACUGUCUACCCUUACAAGAGUAAGUGGAAGAGAGUGUCCAAGUUUAAAUUUGAGAAGAUGUCAGGAGAGAAGCUGUCUGCUUACCCCUACCUAGUCACUGUGUACAUAGAGAACAACACACACACAGUGAACUUCUCAGACCAGGGGAAACGGAGGCAAAGAAUGGCAGACUGUGUGGUAUCAGAUAGCCAGACCCCACAGAGUACAGUCGGGGGCUCUGUGACCGGUGGCAGUGAGACCAUAGAGGUCAGCGGGGGUCACGGAGAGGAAGAGGUGCAUCCUGGAGCUGUAGAGGGCGACCCGGAGGACCCUGACCUGGACUCCAAGUCUCAUGUGAGGCCAGGUUUGCUGGCCCGCCUUGUCAGUCAGGUGUUUCCAUUCUCCAUGUUCUUCAGAGAAAGCUAAGAUGCUCAGGAACAACGGCUUCUGUAACCUUCUAGAACCUCUGUUGUGAUCUGAAUGUUAAAGUUCUGUUUUAGUUUCAGGCCCAAAUGGUUACCUAUUCUGUAUAUAGUGCCCUACUUAUAAUGGUUGAUGUUAGUUCAUAGUGGAAGGCCCAAAUGGUUACCUAUUCUGUAUAUAGUGCCCUACUUAUAAUGGUUGAUGUUAGUUCAUAGUGGAAGGCCCAAAUGGUUACCUAUUCUGUAUAUAGUGCCCUACUUAUAAUGGUUGAUGUUAGUUCAUAGUGGAAGGCCCAAAUGGUUACCUAUUCUGUAUAUAGUGCCCUACUUAUAAUGGUUGAUGUUAGUUCAUAGUGGAAGGCCCAAAUGGUUACCUAUUCUGUAUAUAGUGCCCUACUUAUAAUGGUUGAUGUUAGUUCAUAGUGGAAGGCCCAAAUGGUUACCUAUUCUGUAUAUAGUGCCCUACUUAUAAUGGUUGAUGUUAGUUCAUAGUGGAAGGCCCAAAUGGUUACCUAUUCUGUAUAUAGUGCCCUACUUAUAAUGGUUGAUGUUAGUUCAUAGUGGAAGGCCCAAAUGGUUACCUAUUCUGUAUAUAGUGCCCUACUUAUAAUGGUUGAUGUUAGUUCAUAGUGGAAGGCCCAAAUGGUUACCUAUUCUGUAUAUAGUGCCCUACUUAUAAUGGUUGAUGUUAGUUCAUAGUGGAAGGCCCAAAUGGUUACCUAUUCUGUAUAUAGUGCCCUACUUAUAAUGGUUGAUGUUAGUUCAUAGUGGAAGGCCCAAAUGGUUACCUAUUCUGUAUAUAGUGCCCUACUUAUAAUGGUUGAUGUUAGUUCAUAGUGGAAGGUUUUGGAGUUUGGUUUUGAUACAUUUUGUAAUAAAUGAUCUGAU